UUUUUUUUUUUUAAAUAAUAAUAAACUCUUUUUUUUUUUAAAAAAAAAAACCAUGUCAAACUGGUCUAUAGAUUACGCAUCACUUCAAACGUUGAAUAGUUCUAAAGUAUCUGAUCCUGUUGGAUUUGAACCAUCUGCUUUAAAGAAAUAUACAAAAAAUGAGAAAUCACAACGUCCAUUGAGCCCACACGAUAAAGAUGAUCAACAAGUAGCUCUUAAAGUCAAACGAGCAUGGGAUGUGGCUAUGGGACCUGCUAAAAGUAUACCUAUGAAUGCCAUCAUGAUCUACAUGUCAGGUACUAGUCUUCAAAUCUUUACUGUUAUGGUCACUGUCAUGCUUUUCUUUAACCCUAUCAAAGCUAUGAUGACGGUACAACAAACCUUUAGUCGUUUUGAAACCACAGGCGAAGCACGCUCAAAACCUGGUGCUGAUUUACUUUUACCCAAACUGACAUUUAUUGGUCUUCACUUUGUUACUAUCUUAUUGGGUGUCUAUAAGGUCAAUGCCAUGGGAUUAUUGCCUAAUACCACUUCAGAUUGGCUUGCAUUUAUUCCACCCAAAGACAUGGUUGAAUUUACACCUUAAAUGAAAGAAAAUCC